CCUUCACGGACAGCUCCCCCGGUUGCAAUACGGUAUAAAUCUUCUUUAUUGAUUUUCCUCGGAGAUAGAGAACCGUUCGAGCUUAGAUUGAUUGGAUUGUUCUCUGCUCGAUCCAAAAGAAACUUAGGAUUUAUCCUCGGUCACUUCGAGGUGAUCUUGGCUGUUGACAUGGCUUCAACAGCUGGAGCAACAUCAUGGCUGAGAGGAAGAGUGAAGGCUGUUCCUUCCGGAGAUUGUUUGGUGAUCAUGGGGAGCUCGAAGGCAGAAUUUCCACCAGAGAAGACAAUCACAUUGGCUUCUAUCGUUGCCCCAAGACUAGCUCGUAGAGGUGGUGUUGAUGAGCCCUUUGCAUGGGAUAGCAGAGAAUAUUUAAGGAAGCUCUGCAUAGGAAAGGAUGUCACCUUCAAGGUAGAUUACACUGUUCCAUCCAUAGGACGAGAAUUUGGAUCUGUUUUCUUUGGUGAUAAAAAUGUUGCGUUGCUAGUUGUUUCUGAAGGCUGGGCAAAGGUUAGAGAGCAAGGCCAACAGAAAGGAGAAGCAAGUCCAUUCCUGGCGGAACUGCAGCGUCUUGAAGAGCAAGCUAAGCAGCAAGGGAUGGGUCGUUGGAGCAAGGUACCUGGUGCUUCAGAGGCAUCCAUCCGGAACUUACCUCCCUCUGCAAUCGGAGACCCCAGUAAUUUAGAUGCAAGGGGGCUCUUGGAUGCAAAUAAGGGAAGGCCAAUGCAAGGCAUUGUCGAGCAGGUUCGUGAUGGAAGUACUGUUCGUGUCUACUUGCUGCCAGACUUUCAGUUUGUUCAAGUUUUUGUUGCAGGAAUACAGUCCCCAUCUAUGGGAAGAAGGGCUGUGGUAGAAACAGUUGUCGACUCUGAAGUAACCUCUGAUGAACCUAAUGGAGAGGCUUCUGCUGAACCUCGACCACCAUUAACAUCAGCACAGAGGCUUGUAGCCUCUGCCGCUGCCACAUCAUCUACUGAAGUUGCUCCAGAUCCAUUUGGAAGGGAAGCCAAACAUUUCACGGAGAUACGUGUUUUAAAUAGAGAUGUCCGAAUUGUUCUGGAAGGUGCAGACAAAUUCAGCAACCUUAUUGGAUCAGUAUAUUAUCCUGAUGGUGAUUCAGCAAAGGAUCUAGCAUUGGAGCUUGUAGAAAAUGGUUUGGCUAAAUAUGUGGAGUGGAGUGCCCAUAUGAUGGAGGAAGAUGCAAAACGACGACUAAAAUCUGCUGAACUUCAAGCAAAGAAGGACCAUUUGAGGAUCUGGACAAACUUCGUACCUCCUCCUUCAAAUUCUAAAGCAAUUCAUGACCAGAAUUUCACUGGAAAAGUGGUGGAGGUUGUAAGUGGUGACUGCAUCAUUGUUGCUGAUGACUCUGUCCCUUAUGGUAGCCCAUUAGCAGAGCGACGAGUCAAUCUUUCAAGCAUCAGGUCUCCCAAAAUGGGCAAUCCUCGUAGAGAUGAAAAACCUGCUGCCUAUGCCCGGGAAGCGAGGGAGUUCCUGCGCACACGUCUUAUUGGCCGUCAGGUUAAUGUUUCAAUGGAAUAUUCCAGAAAGGUCAGCAUGGCUGAUGGAUCUUUGCCAACAACCAGUUCAGCUGAUUCUAGGGUCAUGGACUUCGGAUCAGUGUUCCUGGUGUCUUCUUCCAAGGGUGAUGCUGAUGACACAGUAUCUGCUUCCCCUCCAGCAGGAAGUCAGCCAGUAGGGAUAAAUGUUGCUGAGCUGGUAGUUGGCCGUGGCUUUGGAACAGUUAUCAGACACCGAGAUUUUGAGGAAAGAUCAAACUACUAUGAUGCCCUUCUUGCUGCUGAAGCACGCGCAAAUGCUGGAAAGAAAGGGAUACAUUCUGCCAAGGAUUCUCCCGUGAUGCACAUAACGGACCUGACAAUGGCAUCUGUAAAGAAAGCCAAAGAUUUCUUGCCAUUUUUGCAACGAAGCAAGAGGCUGCCUGCCAUCGUGGACUAUGUCCUCAGUGGUCAUCGGUUUAAAUUGCUAAUUCCCAAGGAAACCUGCAGCAUUGCCCUCUCGUUUUCUGGUGUUAGAUGCCCAGGUCGGGAUGAGCCUUACUCAGAUGAAGCAAUUUCUCUAAUGAGAAGGAAAAUACUGCAAAGAGAUGUUGAGAUUGAAGUAGAAAUGGUUGAUAGAACUGGAACUUUCUUAGGAUCCUUGUGGGAAGGGAAGACCAACAUGGCUGUGCCACUUCUAGAAGCUGGUCUGGCGAGGCUCCAAACUGCCUUUGGCACUGAUCGGAUUCCAGAUGCUUACCUUCUUGAGCAGGCUGAGCAGUCUGCAAAACGACAGAGAUUGAAAAUAUGGGAGAACUAUGUAGAAGGACAAGAAGUUGCUAAUGGCUCAACUGCAGAAAGCAAACAGAAGGAAGUACUAAAGGUGAAUGUUACAGAAGUUUUGGGUGGUGGUAAGUUCUAUGUCCAAACGGUUGAAGAUCAGAGAGUGGCUUCUAUCCAGCAGCAACUUGCGUCUUUGAAUAUUCAAGAAGCUCCUGUUGUUGGUGCUUUUAAUCCUAAAAAGGGAGAUAUUGUCCUUGCUCAGUUUACCAUGGACAAUUCCUGGAACCGAGCAAUGAUUGUAAAUGCACCACGAGGAGCUGUUGGAUCCCAAAAAGACUUGUUUGAAGUCUUCUACAUUGACUAUGGGAACCAAGAAGAAAUUCCAUACAGUCGGUUACGGCCUCUUGAUCCUUCUGUCUCAUCUGGACCUGGUCUUGCUCAAUUAUGCAGCCUUGCAUAUAUAAAGAUCCCAAGCUUGGACGAGGAUUUUGGUCAAGAAGCAGCCGAGUAUCUUAGCCAAUGCAUUCUAGACAAUUCCAGGGAGCUCAAGGCAAUGGUUGAGGAGAAGGAUACCUCAGGAGGAAAAGUGAAAGGACAGGGGACAGGAACAAUUCUUUAUGUAACUCUGGUGGAUGUUGAAGCUAGUUCAAGUAUAAAUGCUGCCAUGCUACAGGAAGGACUUGCGAGAUUAGAAAGGAGGAAGAGAUGGGAUACUAGAGAAAGACAGCAGGCCUUGGACAAUCUGGAAGAAUUCCAGGCAAAAGCCAAGCGGGAGAGGCUGAAAAUGUGGCAGUAUGGAGACAUACAGUCAGAUGAUGAGGAUUCUGCACCACCUGUCAGGAAAGCAGCUGGCCGCCGAUAAAUACAACUCGAAUUGCAAGCAUGAGGUAAUUUAUGGAGCUAGCAUGCUCAUGCGGGUUGAUAGUAAGAAAUGUAGCGGAGGAGAGUGGACUUACUGGGAGAGC